CUCACAGCUCGCAGCACCUGCACCACUUGACAACCAGCCAGCUAGCUAACCAACCGGCGGAGCCAAGAACAAGCAAGAGACAACUUGCCCCGUCCAGGCAGCAUGUGCAACUCCAACGUCAAGUCCGCGGGCGUCGCCCAGAUCGACGGCCGCCCGGUGCUGCAGCCGGCGGGCAACCGCGUGGCGGCGCCGGACGCCGCCCGCCCGCUCAAGAAGUCCCUGCACAAGUCCUUCUCCAUGCCGCCUUCCUACGACAACAAUGCCACCGUGCCCGCCCGUCCCGCCCCUGCCGAGAACACCCGUGCGGCGCCGGCGCCGCCUUCUCUGCUGCCUCCUACGACGCCGGCCCCGGCCCCGGCCGCCGCGAGGGCGACCAAGGCGGCGGGCGCCGUGCCCGCGGAGAAGCCCAGGUCCAAGGCCAGGAAGCCCGGCGCCGUGCUGCCGGUGGCGACGUUCGCGGCGCCAGAGGCGUUCGAGCCGGCGGGGAGCAUCGCCGCGGCGCGGCGGGAGCAUGCCGCGCAGGCGCAGGCGCAGCGCAAGUCGCGGAUCGCGCACUACGGCCGCACCGCGUCCUUCUCCCGGGUGGAGGGCCGAGUCGGCGCCACCGCCACGGCCGAGCCGGCCGUCCCAGCCUCCCCCACCACCGGGCUCGACGAGAAGCGCUGUAGCUUCAUCACGCCCUACUCUGACCCCUUGUAUGUGGCGUACCACGACGAGGAGUGGGGAGUGCCCGUGCACGACGACGAGUUGCUGUUCGAGAUGCUCACACUGUCUGGCGUGCAAGUCGGGGCCGAUUGGACUUCCAUCCUCAAGAAAAGACACGUCUACAGGGAGGCGUUCUCCGGCUUCGACGUGGAUGCGGUCGCCAAGUACACCGAGAAGCAGAUGGCGUCGCUGAGCGCCGACUACGGGCUGGAUUUGGGCACCGUCAGAGGAACCGUCAACAACGCCUGCCGGAUUCUUGAGGUGCGGAGGGACUUUUGCUCGCUGGACAAGUACGUGUGGGCGUUCGUGAACAACAAGCCGCUGUCGCCGAGCUACAAGUACAGCCGGAAGAUCCCGGUGAAGACGUCCAAGUCGGAGUCCAUCAGCAAGGACAUGGUCCGGCGCGGCUUCCGCUUCGUCGGCCCCACUGUCAUCCACUCCUUCAUGGAGGCGGUCGGGCUCACCAACGACCACCUCGUCUCGUGCCCGCGCCACCGCGUCUGCUCCGCCGCCGCCCGCGUAAAUAACUGAUUCUGCUGACGACCACCAAGCAAAACACAAGAGGGAAUUAUCUAAGGACAACCAAGACGAGAGAGAGAGAGAGAGGUAGCAGUAGUAAUAUACAAAAGAGAGUGUUGGCGGUUUGCAUGUGUGUAUGAUGACCCAGUGUGCUUGUGUAGAUUAAUUACGGCCUCUGAUUAGCGAAUGAAUGAUCUUGCUUGCUGU